CCGGCCGGGUUUGUUUCCCUCCUGCGCAGGCAGCUCCGCGGUGCUGGUAGCCGUAACCCAUUGGUCCAUGAGGACUUCGGUCUGAGGGAGCGCUCGGUAAGCCAUGACCACAAUGAAGCGUGAAGCAUUUUUAGAAAUUGUAUCUAAGGAUUCAAUUGAAGACUUCUUGCGUUAUACUCAGCAUCCUAAAAAAACAUUUGAUCAUUUUGACUUGAAUGAACUACUUGAAGAAUUGCCGAGAAAGCAAAAAGAAGUACUAUGGGAGAGACUGAUGAAGCUAUUGACAGAGUGUUUGAUGGAGAGCCCUGUGGAAACAUGGCAGAGGAUCGAAGAUGAUGAAAAUAAUGAUAACAUGGAAGUUGAGAUAGUUCCAGAAACGAAACAAACUGUAGCUGUAAUCCAAGGAGUGACAGCUGUAGUUUCUGCUUCCAUACGUGCAGUGGAUGAAACUGCAAACUACAAAGCUCUUGCAGAGUGUGUUUUUAUAUUAAAGGGUAUUCUUCUUGUGUUACCUGAACCUGAAAAAAAACUACAGGGUGCUAUUCAACGUGUAUGUGAAAUGUGGUGGGAGAAAGGCCUGGAAGGAAAGGAGGACAUAGGGAAGACCCUAUUUAUCAUUCUGCUAAGAAAAAGCCUGAAUACAGCUGCUACGGGUGCAGAUAUAGUUCGUGUAUGGAAUCUGCAUCAGAUAUUACUUAGUUUUGAUUAUGAUUCAGAGGAGAUUAAUGAAGUCAAGGACUUACUGCUUCAGUGUUUUAUGAGUGUAAAAUACAUUAAGAAAGAAGAGGGAAGAAGGUUCUUGAGCUUUUUGUUCAGCUGGAAUGUAAACUUCAUUAAAAUGAUACAUGGAACCGUUAAAAACCAAUUGCAAUUCUUUCCAAGAUUCUUGAUGGAAUACAUUUCAGAAGUUUACUUCAGGGCUUGGAAGAAGGUGUCAGGAGAAUUUGUAGAGAUACUUGAACGGAAUUGCAUUCAGGAUUUUAUGCAUCAUGGAAUUCAUCUUCCCAAAAGUUCUCCUGUUCAUUCUAAAGUCAGAGAGGUGCUAAGUUAUUUUCAUAAACAAAGUAAAGUUCGUCAAGGAGUUGAAGAAAUGCUCUACAGAUUGUAUCAACCUAUCCUUUGGAGAGCGCUGAAGGCCAGAAACUCAGAAGUUCGAUCAAAUGCAGCAUUUUUAUUUGUUGAUGCUUUUCCUGUUCAUGAUCCCAGUUUUAACACUGAAGAGAUGAACACUGAAAUUCAGAAACAGUUCGAAGAACUUUUUAAUCUCUUAGAAGAUCCUCAUCCAGUCGUCCGCUCUACAGGGAUACUCGGAGUUAGUCAGAUAACAUCCAAAUACUGGGAGAUGAUUCCUCCAACAAUUCUUGCUGAUCUCUUGAAUAAACUAAUUGGAGAGCUGGCAUGUGAUACAACAUCUGCGGAUGUUCGAUGCUCUGUUUUUAAAUGUCUGCCGAUAAUUUUGGACAACAAACUAAGUCAUCCAUUACUGGAACAGCUCCUGCCAACAGUCAGACACAGCCUUCAUGACAAUUCAGAGAAAGUGCGAGUGGCUUUUGUUGAUAUGCUGCUGAAAGUUAAGACUGUCAAGGCUGCCAAGUUCUGGAAAAUCUGUCCUAUGGAGCAUCUUCUGACUCGUCUUGAAGUCGAUUCACGGCCUGUGUCACGACGCAUAGUGAAUCUCUUAUUCAACUCUUUCUUUCCCAUCAACCAACCUGAGAGUGUGUGGUGUGAGCGCUGUGUUACUCUCAUCCAGAUGAAUUCAGCAGCAGCUAGAAAGUUCUAUCAAUAUGCUUAUGAAUAUACUGCCCCUACCAAUAUAGCUAAAUUGAUGCUUACUAUUCGGCGCUGCUUGAAUGCCUGCAUCCAGAAAGCAGUGAAAGAGGAUCUUCAUGAUAGUGAUGAUGAUGACGGUGGUGAAGAUGAAAGUGAAAAGGAGAAUACAAGUGUGUUGAAUAAUGUGUUGUCAAUCAAUGAUGUGGCCAGCAUGGCAAGUUUAUUGGAGGUUACUGUAAUUCUUUGGAGAAGUAUCCACAAAGCACUAGAUCAGAAUGAAGAUGCCAAAGAUUAUGCUAUCAGAAAAUUUGCUGCUGUACUUCCUGAAUAUUUUAAAGUGUUUAAGGAUGAGCGUUGCACGACUCCACUGGUUAUUCUGGCAUCCUUUAUGCCCCCUGCUGCUAUUCCAACAUUCAGUUGUGGUGUGAUCUCCAGGCUCAGAAAUAUUGACAAUGGAGCUGAUGAAAGCAAGUAUUCUACCCUGAUAGACUGCAUGUGUCGCUGGGGUCAAGUGGGGCAUAUUAUGGAAUUAGUCUGUGAUUGGCUGUCGGACACGCUCACCCGAAGAAAGAGUGCUAAAACAUCUGAACGACGAGUACGUAUUCAUAUAACGCAUGAAUCGAAGCCAGAAUUAGCAAUUGAUUACAUUGAAUAUUUAUUGACUCAUCCUGUUAAUCGUGAUUGCCUACUUUCUGUUCCUGAAAAGAAACUGAAGAAGCUUUUGAAAAUUCUCAGUGCUGCAAAGGAGGUUCUUGGCUCAAUUCUGAAAGCAACCGAUGCAGGUUCUGGUAGCUGCAGUCAAACAACUGCCCUAAGAGCCUUCAGCCUCUAUUGCAGGUUGAAUAUUCAUCUUCAGAACAAGUUUUCUGAAAAUGGAAAAGAUUACUUAUCACUUCUGAAGGAGACAGGUACUUGGAUAGAAAGUCAAGUUCUAACUUUUAUAGUAGCAAGCGAUCAAGAGGAUGACAUUUCAAAACGCAGUAAUGUUCCUGAACUAAUUAUCCAGGCCUACCUGACAGUAUGCAAAGAUGUCAUAAUGGUCGGCCUUGGAAAUGUCGCAUUUCAGGCACACCUUUUAGAUAUGGCUCUUCCAGUUAUACAAACAGAGAGAGGUGGCUUUUGUGCUCCAGUGGUAUUCUAUGCUUUAAAAGAAAUUAUUGAAGCUUCUGUAACUCAGAAUACUGACACAGAUGAAAUGGCAAAUCUUUUCAGUGCUGUACAGACCAUCUUCCAGAAAGUUUUAGAACUUGUGGCAUGUAGACUCAAGAAACAGCAGGAAGAAGGGAUUCAGUUGAUUCACUCUAUUCAAGUGCCUCUUGGAGAAUUUAUACAUGCAGUCCAGUGCUGGCAUUCAUUUUGCCCAGUGGUUCAUCAAGGUGUACUCUCUACUCUCCUGGCUGCGAUAGUAGCAGAGAUAAAUCAUGUGCUACAGGAGGGUUCCAGUGGAAAAGACUUAACUAUACCAAAGACUAUUUCAGACCUUCCUCCUCUUUCAAGCAGUUUAUUGACCAUAAUUAUGAAGUCAGUUAAUGUUGUCAGGUCAUUUUUAAAUGAAUUAAUGGAAUGCAUUCUCUCUGAAGAAAUUGAAGGGAUUUUUAGUCUAACAGCUACUGUCUGCAUUGUGAUCAUAAUUAAAGGUAAGCACAAAACGUCACUUCUAAAGGAUGUUGCACCUGCCAUUCAAAGGAAACUGGUAACACACAAGGAUGCUGCCACAGAAGAAUAUAGCUGCUCUGAAAGAAUCCUGUGUGAAUCAUCUCUGAAAGUUUUGGAUGAAUUUCUGAAUCCUUGACCAUGUGGAAACCUUAGUCAUGAAAAUCAGGGGAUGGAAGAUGCAUUGUUUUAAAAAAAAAUAAAUUAUCUUGUAAACUUAUUAGUAGUUAA